AUGCCGUCGUUUCGUUCGCAUUGCAACAUUCUGGUGAGAGGGUACCGAGGUGGGACCGUAGUCAGACAUCAAGAAACCGAUCAGUUUCCGAGAAAGGUCCAGAGUCCCGGCAUGUGUGUAGUAGCGUAG